AUGAAUGAUAUCUCAGUGGCAUUGAGACCUUUGUAUGAAUUGACGAAGAAAGGAGCAGUAUUCAGAUGGACUGAAGAACGAGAUAAGGCGUACAAGGAAGCGAAAAGGAAGUUGAUAGAAGCGACAGAAACAAUUAUUCCGGAUAUGAAUAAGAGGUUGGUGUUAGUAUUGGGUUAG